AUGGGUGAUAUUCCGGGAAUCUCAGUGGAGGAGCAAACAGGGAACCAAGACGAAAAGGAUUCUACGCACAAAGGCAUGAAAGUACUCAUUAAGGAUAGGGAUCCCAAAGGAAUGAAUGAUUUCCUUAAGGUGGCCUUUGAGGACGUGAUUGCAGAGCCUGCAUCAGUGCACAGCUUCGAUAAGGUGUGGCUGUGGAGUAAUGCUCUAUUCGAGGUGUCCAGGCUUUGCCUAUACCGCUUCAUUUCCUUGCUGCUGGCUGUGCCUGUAGCACUGUUGGCUGGCCUGCUCUUCUCCAUCCUCACUUUUCUGCACAUCUGGUUCAUAGUCCCCACUAUGCAACUUCUGUUGAUGAACAUGCACUGGGUAAAAGUAGUAUGGGCCAGUGUGCUGGACCUUACCAUCUCUCCCUUUUUCUUCAGUCUGGGAAGAUGCUGUGGGUCCAUCAGUAUUCGCUGGACAAAAGACUAGCUCACUAUAGUCCCAACUCACCCAGUUACUAAAUCCAAAAUUAUGACUCUUCUGCAUUCCCAUGCUUUAACUGCUAAAACUGGUAUUGAACUAUGGGGUAAAGAUUCUAAUUCGGUUUUGUGCAGAUGCAUAGAGAUCCUUUUUCAAAAACUAUCACAAGAUACCUAAAUGAACAGAUUCAUGUCAUUUUACCUUUUUAAAAUAUGUAAAAAUGGAAACCAUAUAUAAACGUCCUCUGAAGCCUUAUUCAGCUAGGUGAAGCCAUGACACUCACUUCCCUGUUGUUAUAAACAGUGGACUCUGGCAUGUCUAUCCAUCAACUGUGUGGGGUAUUUUUGUACCUCUCUCCACUGAGACUCGAAACCCACCCAAGCUCACAGAACACUGCAAGUAUUUCUCUCAUUAGUAGACCGGCAGCAAUGCUGCUUCUCUCCAAUUUUCACUUCUGGUUCUACAGAGUAUUGAGGAGGACAAAUGCAUAUUUAAUUAUGAUGAAUCUGCUUCUGAUUUGAACUCCUGAGCAUUUCCACAAACAUGUAACAUCAAUGACUUUAUGCUAAUAUUGAAGAGGAUGCUAUAGAUGUUAUUUUUGGACAGGGUAUUCAAUUUUACAAGGCUCAUUUAGGUAUUUGGAAAGUGUGUUAUAAAUCACUGUGCAUUCACAUGGAGCCGUUUAAGAUUCAGGAAGCAUUCUGCUAUCUGCCAUGGGGCUUCUAUGACUGGCUUAUCAACAGAAACCAUGUCUGGUGCGGAAUAUUGCAAUUAUAUUUCCCACAAAUAGACAUUUUGUGUAAAGAAUAUAGCCCUGCAAGUAAUGUCUGUCAUUAGUAAAGCAAAUCAAACUCUCACAUAAAAGCAAAGAGACUGUUUGUUUCAUAUUUGUAGUUGGGCCCUGAUAUCUGUGAAGUAGUAGCCACAUUUACCCCAUAACAUUAAUGAAAUUCCCAUUGUGUCCUGCUGGAUUGACAGCAGUUCAUAAAUAGUUACAAGCUGCUGAGGAGGCUCGGUGGUAAAGGACCUGGCCUGUGAAAUUUGUGUGUUUUAAAAUAGUUACUGCUGAACAUUUACAUUGGAAUUCUAAUGUGCUUGUGAGAUAACAGUUGCAGUUACACUCACUGGUUUAAUGAGCCUAAAUAGUGGUUUGAGAUUUGUGUAAGGUGGAUGUGAGUUCUGUUGGCUGUCAGCACUGUAGCUUUUGCUAAUUUGGUGUUCCCAUUUGUUUAAUAAGGAGCUGUUUUUGCUCUCUUACUUCUUGUUGAAGUAAUAUUUCUUCACAUGAUCCUAUUUUGUGUGUCUACAUGCACAAAGAUGUAGGGCCUCAGAGGACACAGAUUUAAAGUACAUAGUAUCACAGUGUGUGAAA